AUGAAAUUAAUCGACCAUAAAGUUUUUCUCCACGGGAUACCCGACCUUCAAAUAAGUGCAUCUACCCUUCACUUGUACAGAUGAAUCGACAAACACUCCAACCUAACCCACACGUUGUAACCUACUAACUCAUCCGCACACCUCACUCUCCAAUCCUUCUCUAUUUAUGUAAGAAACCUUCAACACCAUAUCGACUCAUAUUGAACACAAAGACAAACAACCAUGUUUCUCAUAGCAGCGAUCACCCUUCUCGUCGCCGUGGUUCUAUUCCGGCUUCUUUUCUCCGGCAAAUCCCAACGUCGCUCGCUUCCUCUCCCUCCUGGCCCCAAACCAUGGCCUGUCGUCGGGAACUUGCCUCACUUGGGCCCUUUUCCGCACCACUCUCUGGCGGAGUUGGCGCAGAAACACGGGCCCCUCAUGCACCUCCGCCUCGGUUAUGUUGACGUAGUGGUGGCGGCAUCAGCAUCCGUAGCGUCUCAGUUCUUGAAGACUCACGACGCUAACUUCUCCAGCCGGCCACCCAACUCCGGCGCCAAGUACAUGGCCUACAACUACCAGGACCUCGUGUUCAGGCCCUACAGUCCACGGUGGCGCCAGUUCCGGAAGAUCAGCUCCGUCCAUCUUUUCUCCGGCAAGGCCUUGGAUGACCUUAAACACGUCCGGCAGGAGGAGGUAGCUGUGCUAGCGCAUGCCUUAGCAAAUGCAGGGUCAAAGGUAGUGAACCUGGCGCAACUACUCAACUUGUGCACGGUCAACGCCCUAGGGCGAGUGAUGGUAGGGCGGAGGGUUUUCGGCGACGGCAGCGGCAGCGACGAUCCGAAGGCGGACGAGUUCAAGUCAAUGGUGGUGGAGAUGAUGGUGUUGGCAGGAGUGCCCAACAUAGGUGACUUCAUUCCCUGCCUUGAGUGGCUUGACUUGCAAGGUGUGGCGUCCAAGAUGAAGAAGCUCCACAAGAGAUUCGACGACUUCUUGAUGGCCAUUGUCGAGGAUCACAAGAAGAGCACCGGCACGGCGGCGCACGUCGACAUGUUGACCACUCUGCUCUCCCUCCAGGAAGACGCCGACGGCGAAGGUGCCAAGCUCACCGACACCGAGAUCAAGGCUUUGCUUUUGAACAUGUUCACAGCUGGCACUGAUACGUCAUCGAGCACGGUAGAAUGGGCAUUGGCCGAACUUAUUAAGCACCCUCAUAUGUUAGCGCGACUCCGAAAAGAGUUGGACGAUGUUGUUGGACAUGACCGACUCGUGACAGAACCGGACCUACCCAAGCUCACCUACCUCCAGGCCGUUAUCAAGGAGACGUUCCGGCUUCACCCGUCCACUCCUCUCUCAUUGCCUCGUAUGGCGGCCGAGAGUUGUGAAAUCAACGGGUUCCACAUCCCGAAGGGUUCCACAUUGUUAGUCAAUGUAUGGGCCAUAUCGCGUGACCCGGCUGAAUGGGCCGAACCGUUGGAGUUCAGGCCCGAAAGGUUCUUACCGGGCGGCGAAAAGCCUAAUGUUGAUAUUAGAGGAAAUGAUUUUGAAGUCAUACCCUUUGGUGCUGGGAGAAGAAUAUGUGCUGGGAUGAGCUUGGGCCUCCGUAUGGUUAGUUUGAUGACUGCAACAUUGGUCCAUGCGUUUGAUUGGACCUUGGCUGAUGGGACACCUGAGAAGUUAAACAUGGAUGAAGCAUUUGGGCUCACUCUACAACGAGCUGCACCGUUAAUGAUGCACCCGCGCACCCGGCUAGCCCCACAUGCUUAUAAAACUUCAUCAUCUUAAUUGGAGAGCUAAUGUUCUGGUGUGGCCAGUUUGAUACCCCCCGACCCCCGUGUUAUAUGUUUAGGCGGGUUUUUAAAAAAAAUUUGUAUCACAAAUGCCAUAUAAAACCUUCAUAUUACCUAAUAUGUAUGGAUGUUUUUUGAUAUAGGUUGUGAGACUUUCUUUUAUAUU